GCAUGAGGGAAGUUGUUUAAAAAGUGCUUGUAACGGUGCAAAACUGACGAGGGGUACUUUGCGCUGCAGAAUGGUUUCAGCGUACUUACACGUCCGCUUUCUUGUUUCUCUAUUGUUGCAGAGUCCAGUCCCGGACGCAGAACCUCGCCUACAGAAUGAUGCUCAACCAGACAGACCUCAUGGGGACCCAUGAGUCCCCGUUCAGCACAGACGAACAGUUCAUGUACGACCCGUCCGAGGAGGACAAGAACGCGUACUGCAACCUGCAGCCCAUCGGCCUGGAUGGUUCAGACCACGUGACACCCUCCUUACAACACAUGGACCUCAUGGCUCCCUCCAGGCCCAUACCUUACGAAGGCGACACGUUCCCGACGGACGUGCUGGACCUGGGCGAGAGCCGGUGGCAAAGCCUGCCCAUCCAGCACUGGCAGUCGCACGACGUGCUCGAGUGGCUGGUCGCCUGGACGAGCCACAACCAGGUGGAGAUCGUGGACGACGAGAUCAACAUGACCGCGUUCGCCUCCUUCACCGGCGAGCACCUGUGCCGCAUGAGCCUCGACGAGUUUCGCGCCCACGCGCCCUCCUACGGACACCGCCUCUACGAGGAGGUGCAGCGACACCUGGGCAACAGCACGGCGGCCGCGGCCGCGUCGCGCAAUGUCAUGGGCAUGUCGGACGCCUACUUCGAACCCGAGAAAUACGCCUUCCACCCUCGCUAUUUCGACACUCUAGAAAUCCAGAACAGUAGUCCUGGUUCUGAAAACGUGACGUCAUCGGGGUCCCCGGGUCUCGCCGAGUCGGACAGCGGCAGCACCAGCAGCAGCCUGAGCACCGUCAACGAGCGGACGGAGAACCUCUUUCCGUACAUGCCGCACGACACGCGGAUACUCGCCAAGCAGAUGCCCCCUCCCAUGCCCAUGAUGGGCAAAAAGAAAGGACGCAGGGGCAGGCCCCCCAUCAAAGAGGCCAAAGUGCGCAGCCGAGCAGGCAAAGGCAUGGGCAAGCUGUGGGAGUUCAUCCGCGACCUGCUGCUGAACCCGUCGACCAACCCGAGCCUCAUACGAUGGGAGAGGCGCGAGGACGGCAUCUUCAAGUUCGUCCAGUCCGACAAGGUCGCCAAGAUGUGGGGCGACCGCAAGCAGAACCCGCGCAUGACCUACGAGAAGCUCAGCCGGGCCAUGAGAACCUAUUACGGCAAGCAGAUCCUAGAACCCGUUCCCAAGGCCCAGGGGCUGCCGAAAAAGCUCGUCUACAAGUUCGGACCCCGUUCGAGUGGCUGGAGCGAGAAGGCGGACGGGACGCAACCUCUUCGCUCUCACACCUCCUCUCUGCUCACCCACUGACACACACUCCUCUUUCCCCGCACUCACCAAGAUGCCCGGUGGCGGUGGUGUUGACACUCGCGCUGGUGGUGGUGACUGACUCUUGAUGGCGGUGGUGGUGGUGUCGAUGCUCUCAAAACUGACCCUCCGCCCUCUACAUUCGUCACUUUGUGUGCUUGCAUUGUCAUGCGGGACGUAUUCCGCUGUGCUCGCCUUUAGCAAUCUUCACUUGGAAAGAAAAAGGCUGUGUCACGUGGCACAACGACAGCUCUGCGCGAAACACAAGAGUUAUUGCUGCGUUGCACGCAUCGGUGGCCGAGCGCAUAAAGGCAGAGGUGAAGCAGCGUGUUCGGUGUUGAAGUUCAGUGAUGUGGAAAGUUGGGCUAGUUGGUGAUUAAUCAUCACACCUUGGUGGUGAAGCAGCGCACUGACAAGGACAACGCGAAGACACACAAGCAGAGAGUGUAUGUUUCCUUCCGUGUCUUCGCGUUGUCCUUGUCAGUGAGCUGCUUCACCACCAAGGUGUUCGGUAUUGUCGUGUUCUAAUGUUUAAGCAGUUUAGCGGCCGAGUUUGACACUGCCAUCGUGUCACGCGGGCAUGUGAACCACGCCCAAGGUGGCUCCCGUAAACGCCAAGGAGCCUGGUGUACAAAUUACUGUUAUUUGCUCGCAUUGGUCGUCCGACACACGCACACACACUUAAGGUUUCAGGGCUGAAUGUUGCAAAAAAUAGCUUUUCCAAUUGACUCUUGUGUGUAAUUUGUUUGUGUACUGAUGCAAAGACCACAAUCUAUGCGAAAGAAAAAAUAUUCUGAAGGUCUCCUGACUUUCCACUGACACUAGGUUCAAUGAACUACUUGGAACUUCCUGCCAGCGAGCCUUCAGCAGGAAAAAAUAUGAUUGUAGGGAAACAGCUCGUGGAUCACAACACGGAAACUAGUGCUCAUUUCGAAAAAAAAAAAUCAAAAACCCGGAAGCGGCGUAGCAUGCGGGAACGCCGCUGUACAACAGUACACCACAAAACAUCUUAGUUCCUUAGCGUUUUCUACUGUCUUAGAGCACGAAGAAUAGCUCCAGAUAUUGUCCCGUAUCUACGUUAAAGGACUGCAGUGUCUGUGCCAAAAAAGAAAAAAGAAGGCUACAUAGCUACAGUGAUGUUAGGUUUUCACAUGACUCUAUCACAGCAACUUGCGGGUGCUAUAAUAUCGGCAGUGUUCAAAUACUAUAUAACACUUCUGUGCUGAAGAAAUUUUGACGCCGGCAACAAAAACACGGUAUAUAAACAAAAUGAAAUCUGCAUAGGUGCAGGAAAACCUGAGAGAGAGAAGAUGUCUAGUUCAUGUUAGGCCAACACUAAUGCGACAAUGUGCUCAAGCUGUAAUUACCACGCCCUUAUUUAGCUCAUAAACUCAACCAAACUUGGUUUACAGGGUCCGUGCGGAUGAGCACGCUGGGUUCUCUGUGGCCCCGAAACAAAGCCAAAUGUUUGCCGUUCGGUAGCGCAUUUUGCUGCUAGCAACAGACAUUGUGUUCUUUUGUGUGUGUGUGUGUGUGUGUGUGUGUGUGUGUGUUUAGUGUGCCCUGUUUGCACAAGCCAACUUGCUCCAAGCCCGUGACAACAUGAUUGUGCUCUAGUCAUUACGGUCUGCUCAGCAUGUGCUGGAAUGCCGGCGUUGUCCGCAACGUAAUUGAUGUUUGUGGAGCAGCGUGACAAGAACGACAAAAGAAACGACAAAGGAGAACAUGAGGCGCACUUGUCUUUUUCUUAUCCUUCUUCUGUCGUUGUUUCAUCCAGCGCAACGAACAUCGAUCACGUACGUACAACCCGAAUUUUCACACUUGGGCAACGUAUUUUGCGUUAUAUGUUGCUUUCUGUCAGUGAAUCGCGAAAUGCAGUCGUGCGUAUCCUUUGAAAACGACUAUACUUUUCUAAUGGCAGGAGUCUAUGGAAGGUCACUUGAGGUGACCUCUCUUCUCAUUUACGGUUCUUUUAGGUGUCGAGGUUGCUGUAGAUUUUUCGCUUCAAGUUGAGCGAGUGAUAGCUCAAUUUUUCACUUCUGAAAUGACGUUCUCAGCGUUGAGCUUGCCUAACCUUGUAGCUCUGUGUGCUUCUCCCCUCCCUUGCUUUCACGUUUCCCUCCGUGGAUUCAGAUACUACUACAAAAGCCAGGUCCUCCUACCGGUGUUUGGACGACGGCUCGUGUACAAAUUUGGUCCCAACGCCACUGGAUGGAGACCAUAAAGC